CCAUUGGCCGCUCUCAGGGCUCCUACUCUCUCGAAGUUAUAGUAGUGAUGGUUGUAAACAAACACAACAAAACGAUAUUUUUUAAACAAAUGGAAAUUAAUGAUCUAUUUUUUAAAUUACUGUAAGAAACACAAAGUUUGUAUAUGUAAGAAUAAAAAUAUUUUUUUCGUUAAAGACAAUAACUACUUGAUACUUAACAUAACACGGGUUAUCAUCGCAAACAACAUCGUCAGUUAACGAAGAUAAGCGCGAAAACUAAUCGGCGUGCGAUUUAUAUAUUAAAUAAACUUUGAAGCAGUUGCAGCAAAUAAAAGCUAAAGAGCUCUUGAAAGCUAACAGUCGACAAUGUUUCAGGUUGGGAUACAGUUGCUGCUGAUUAAAGUGAAAUGUCAAAUAUUUCAUAGAAAUGCAAUUAUAACCUCCAGGACUUUGUACUUUUGAAUAAGAUCACCAUAGAUAGGAUUAGUUGCAUGUACAGAUAUCUUCAUUAAGCAUUCAGAAUGGACCAGAUGCUUCCUAGUCCUGGUUUUAGCAUACCUAGCAUUGGUACGCCUCUGCAUCAACCAGAGGAGGAUCAACAAAUCUUGCCAAAUGCCAUACAGCAGCAACAAUCGCAACAGUAUCAGCAACUGCAACAAUUACACUCGAUGAGUCCUAACAUGCAAAGUGGCAUGUUAAUGAUAACAACGCCGCAAAAGAAUAUGCACACAUAUGCCCCAACUCCAACAUUUGCGACACCGCAAAGUCUUAUGCAGCCACAAACACCGCAAAAUAUGAUGUCUCCAAUAGUACCACAAAGUAAUCAGAUAGCACCGCCAUCAAUUGGUCCUGCAACCCCAGGGCCAAUGACACCGAUGACACCAGCUUCCGCAGAUCCUGGAAUAUUACCACAAUUACAAAAUAUCGUGUCUACUGUCAACUUAAAUUGCAAGCUCGAUUUGAAGAAAAUAGCGCUUCAUGCUAGAAAUGCCGAAUACAAUCCCAAGAGGUUUGCAGCUGUUAUCAUGCGAAUAAGAGAACCAAGGACGACUGCGUUGAUAUUUAGUAGUGGCAAAAUGGUUUGCACUGGGGCCAAAAGCGAGGGAGAUUCGCGUCUCGCUGCGAGAAAGUACGCGAGAAUUAUCCAAAAGUUGGGUUUUCCUGCAAAGUUCCUAGAUUUUAAGAUCCAGAACAUGGUUGGCAGCUGUGAUGUUAAAUUUCCAAUUAGAUUAGAAGGUUUAGUGCUUUCUCAUGGGCAGUUCUCGUCUUACGAACCAGAGCUAUUUCCAGGACUGAUAUACAGGAUGGUCAAGCCUCGAAUUGUAUUGCUUAUAUUCGUUUCAGGGAAAGUGGUAUUAACAGGUGCAAAGGUUCGCAAGGAAAUUUAUGAAGCCUUUGACAACAUUUAUCCAAUUCUCAAGAGUUUUAAGAAACAGUGAUAAAGUUCAUAUAAUGCUGAUUUAUUUGCAUGACUGAUUUUAUUUCUAAUACGUUACAGAGUUCUUAUUUUUUUAAAAAUAAAAUCACACAGAGGGGACAAAUUAAUAUUAUUGUUAAAUUACAGUUUUUGUUAACUUUUUCUAUUUCACAUUAAUUCAAUAUAUAGAAUGUUCCAAAAUCGUUUUUAUUGCCGACUUUUUAUAAAGUUGAUCUCUUUAUGAAACUUAUUAAUGAAAUUCUUUUUAUUUUUAUGUUUUCGAGUAAUUGACAAUUAAAGAUAAAGAAUUUCUACAAAUGAAGCUUAAAAAAAAAACCCAAAAUAUUUUUUAGUUUGUGUAAAAUUUUUUGAAUUUUAAUAAAUUUUCUAUUUGAAUUUUAGCUAAAAAAAUAUAAUGUUAAAAGUGCAUAAUUAUAAAUACCGAUAUUUUUUGUAAAUGUCGAUAUUCAAAAAGAAAGGAUGGUUUCUGCAAUAUGACAAAAAAUCGUAAUUUUUUUAUAAUUUUGAACCAUAGUGCAAAAACUCCCCAAACGCAUACUGAAAAUUAGAUAGUAAUAUCUUUAUUUCUAGAUUGACAGCUAAAGAAACCGCGAUUAAACAAUGUCCAAUGCUUUAAAAUAUAUAAUUAUAAUAAUUUAACACAUAAAUUAUACACACAAUAUAGUUUAUAAAAUAUUUAUUAUUUUUUUUAAACCUUUAGUUUUUCAAUAUCUGAAAAAUGAACAGUGUGAAAGAAAGAGUAACUUGUAUAAUGUUACAAUAAUUCUGCUUACAUUUUUCAUAUCGAAAUAACUUACUUUAUUCAGUUGAUUUUCAUAGACAUUCUAAAAAUACAUCAGAUGGGAGCAUGUAAAUUUUGUAAUAGAUUCAGUUCCGAUUUUUCUGAAACUUCUAAACUUCCCGUUUAUAUGUACUUUUCUUUUCUCUGUAUAUAUGAUAUACAUAAUAGAGAGUGCAUAAUUUUGUAUUUAUAUAUAAAAUAGUCUCUUCUAGAGUAAUAUACAUACAGUGCCUCGAUUAAGAUCGUACAAUAUUCCCCGAUUAUAAGAUCGAAUUUACCUUGGUUGUAAUAUUAUAAUAUUUUUCUUGUCAUUAUUCAGAUGAAACGUUGUGUAUCAAGAAUACAUGCUUUAUCAAUUUCGAUUCUUAACAGAUAUUAUUAUCUCUUAAUUACAUGAUAAAGGAUGUUGCUUUAAUUAAUAAGGAAAAAUAUGAAAAAUACAUGUCAUACAUAUAAAAUGAUUUAUCAUCGCUGUAUGAAUCUCUUCUCUUUUUUUAAUUUUAUAUUUUUAAAUAAAAUUACCAAUAGAGACAUCAAAACUUAAUAAGAGGUCAACAUUUAAAUUUUCUAUUUAUUAUUUCACACAUUGCCACUUAUUAAAAUUAAUUCAAUAUACAAAUAUUUUUUUAUUUUGGAUGACAUUAUUGUUAUGUCUUAUCUUUCCACUUUUUUCUGAUCAAAACCAUUCUCUUACUCUACGUCUAAAUUGUAUUUGUUGCAUUGUUAUUGUAGAAGUUCUUAAAACAAAAACUGUUAAUUUUUUUUUUAUUAUAGAAUUAUAUAGUAACAAGCUUGAAAAAAAUAAUAUUAGGCAGAUAUUUGUGCAUUAUAUUCAAUCUGCUGGAGCUCUAAUAUUUUUGUAAGUCCCUUUUAAAUAGAGAUGCGCAAUGUAUAUAUAGUAUAAGAGAAAAGAAUUAUAACUAGUUUUCCAAUAUAUCAUACUAGCUAAUUUGUAUGCAAUAACUCAUACUAUUGUAUCAAAACACACAUUAUUUGCUGCACAGAUAUACAUUUCUAUUUAAUUGUAAUAAAGUUAUGUAAAA